AAGCAUACGAAAACAAAAGUUUGACCAACGAAUUGGAACGUCUAAAACGAGAGAAAAAGCAGAACGAAGAUAAAUUGGAGGAUGGUAAGAAAGAGAUAUCAGUAUUGAAAGAGAAGCUGAAAGAACUCGAGAAAGAGCUAGCAGAGAAAGAGGAGGAGAACAAGAGCUUGACUGAAAACUUGAAAGCCAAGCCCAAGUGCACAUGCCCUCCUGAUAUAGCUGAACUAGUCAAGGCUGCUAGUGGUUCUCUCGUACCACUCUACCGGUAUUUAGGAUCAAGUAAUGGUACUAAUCAUUUCUAUACUACCUCUCCAGAUGAGAUUGGAACUACCACCCCUGGUCAAAUAGAUAAACGUGGUUACAGGAGCGAAGGAAUUGCUGCUUACAUUUAUGCUGAUCCGCCACUGCUUGUAGCUCCAGCUGUUGUUCCACUUUACCGAUAUUACCAUGAAGGAAUACGUGAUCAUUUAUAUACGACAGACUUCAACGAGUUAGCAUGUGGAGAAGGAAACCCUGAUGGUUAUAACUAUGAAGGCAUUCAAGGAUAUUGUUUCAAGAAUUCCUUGCCAGGCAUCAAUCGUCCUUUGUACCGAUACUGGAGUGAUAAUGCUAAUGAUCAUUUUUACACAACAAAUGAAUCUGAGAUUGGAACAACAACUAGGGAAUCAUGGUUAUAAAUUUGAAGGUAUAGUCUGCUAUGUU